AUGGGAGAGGACGCAGCUGAACCCCCAACAGUUGAGAAACUGAUCGAGGUCCAGAUUGGAGAUGAGGAGCACAAAACAACGUUCGUAAGGGAAGAUCUCCCUGCACAUGAACGUGAUGGUUUGAUUACAUUGCUAAGGGAAAACACCGACGUUUUCACAUGGAGUUUUGCUGAGAUGCCUAGGAUAGAUCCGAAUGUAGCCUGCCACGGGCUAAAUAUCGAUGAGAAGUUCCAUCCAGUUCGUCAGAAAAUCAGGAAUAUGACGAAAAGCAAAAAAUAUGGAGUUACUGCAGAAGUCGAAAAGCUGUUGGAAUCAGGCUUUAUUCGACCAGUGCAGUAUCCUCGCUGGAUGUCUAAUGUUGUACCCGUUCCAAAGAAGAAUGGUAAAAUUUGUGUAUGUAUCGAUUUUACUGAUUUGAAUAAAGCAUGUCCGAGUGAUCCGUACCCGCUACCGCGGAUAAGAGAUUUGGUGGAUGCAACCUCAGGGUACGGGAGACUGUCAUUCAUGAACGGUUUUUCGGGGUAUAACCAAAUACCUUUGUUCGGGGAAGAUCAAGAGCAUACUGCGUUUGUGACUGCCAGAGGAGUUUACUGCUAUAAUGUAAUGCCGUUCGGGCUAAAAAACACAUGGGCGACCUACCAACAUCUGGUAGACCAUAUGUUCAAGGAUCUGAUUGGUAAGACGAUUGAAGUAUAUAUCCACGAUAUGGUAGUGAAAUCUGAGCAAAAGGACUCGCAUUUUCUUGAUCUGCAGAAGACGUUUGAUAUCUUGAGGCAAUAUCGAAUGAAGCUCAAUCCAGCAAAAUGUUCGUUUGGGUUAUCCUCGGGAAACUUCCUUGGAUACUUGAUGACGCACAGAGGAAUCGAGGCGAAUCCGGAGCAAAUCAGAGCCAUCAGAGAAAUUCCAUCCCCAAGAACGAAGAAGGAGAAAGAAGUGAAUUUUGGUUGGAAGGAUGAGUGCGAAAAGGAUUUCGAUGAGAUCAACCAGUAUUUGUCAACUUUCCCAGUUUUGGUGAGUCCAAAAACUGGACAACCUAUCGGAGUUUAUCUGGCUGCAACGGAGAACGCCCGACUAGACAUAUGGUCCAAUUUCCUGGGGGCGUAUGAAAUCAAGUACGAAACCAGGACUGCAGAGAAGGGAAACGCUCUGGCAGCACUGUUAGCAUAUUUUCCUGUGGACGACAUAGAAACAGUUAUCGAAGAAGAAGAGGAGUUGUUCAAACCCAUAGAGUCAACCACUGAUCAGACUGGGAGCGAGUCCGUAAUGGAAGUUGAUACACCUGAGCCGCUAUGGACUGUGUUUACUGAUGGGUCAUCAAAUGUUGGUGGAGCUGGAGUUGGAUGUGUCAUCCGUACUCCCGAAGGUUCGAGGAUCGAGAAAACGACCAGAUUGGGUUUUCAAGCAUCAAACAAUGAAGAUGAACAUGAAGCAGCAAUUAUCAGUUUAAAGGCUGUCAAACAGCACGCAGAUGCUUUAGCAUGCCUAUACUCCGCAGUCGAUACUGAUACCACCCGUUUCGUUGUGGUGGAUUUCCAAGAGUUACCUAGCAUCUUCGACAGCCAUUUUGUUCUGGCUCUCGAACACGCUAGUGGGGGCGAGAGGGAAACUACAUCAGCACAGGGAGAUACCGAGAACAUUGACAACAAUAUGGAUGUUGACAAUCCAAUGAUAGAUGAUUCAAGCAAUCUUGCUGAAAACACUUCAGACUGGCGUCAACCUUAUAUUCGGUAUUUGACAACCAGUGAACUCCCAGAAGAUAAACAUCUCGCUUCAAAAGUGAAAAAGAAUGCUUAG